UAAGCUGCUGUAGAUUGGAGAACUCUGGACACAGUGUUAAGGAGGAGGACACCAUAAGCCCUGUCCUCCUGUCCUCUCUUACCACACCAUGUGGAAGGACAGACAGGCUCAGCUGUGCCUCUUUUCAGUUCUUCUUGCCUUCCUGCCUUCUUCUUCCUUGCUCAGUGGAGACCCGAAGUAUAUGGUGCUGGCCCCUUCCCAGCUCUACACUGAGACCCCUGAGAAAAUCUGCCUCCAUCUCUACCAUCUGAAUGAGACAGUGACUGUCACAGCUUCCUUGAUAUCUCAGUGGGGUAAAAGAUACCUGUUCGAUGAUCUUAUGGUUGACAAGGACUUGUUCCACUGUGUUUCUUUCAUUAUCCCUAGAUUCUCCUCUUCUGAAGUGGAGGAGUCUCUUGACAUCAACAUCAAAGGACCAACACAUAAUUUCAGGAAAAAUAAUACCGUGCUUGUGAAGAACAAAGAAAGUGUUGUUUUCAUCCAGACAGAUAAGCCCGUGUACAAGCCAGGACAGUCAGUUAAAUUUCGGAUUAUCUCUAUGGAUAAAAAUCUACACCCCCUGAAUGAAUUGUUUCCUCUGGCUUACAUUGAGGAUCCGAAAACAAACCGAGUUAUGCAGUGGCAGGAUAUUAAGACGAGGAAUGGGAUUAAGCAAAUGUCCUUCAGCCUGGCAGCAGAGCCCAUUCAGGGCCCCUACAAGAUAGUGUUGCAGAAACAGUCAGGAGUGAUGGAAGAACAUUCCUUCACUGUGAUGGAAUUCGUGCUUCCCAGAUUUGAUGUUGACGUGAAGGUCCCAAGUGCCAUCUCUGUGCAUGAUGUGAUACUCAGUGUGACUGCAUGUGCAAAAUAUACCUAUGGGAAACCUGUCCCAGGAGGUGUAAAGAUAAGCAUAUGCCCUGAAAAUCAAUACUUUGACUCUGAGACUGAGUCUGAAUGCAAAGAAAUCAACUCCCAGCUAGACAACAAUGGCUGCAGCACACAAGAAGCGAACAUCACUGAGCUCCAGUUAAACAGAAGCUAUUACAGAGUCCAUCUCCUUCGUGUGAAUGUAACUGUUACAGAAGAAGGGACAGGAUUGGAGUACAGUGGAUCUAGAACAACUGAAAUAGAAAGAACCACAAGCAAGCUCAUAUUUCUGAAAGCAGAUUCACACUUCAGACAUGGGAUUCCAUUCUAUGUGAAAGUCCUCCUAGUGGAUAUCAAAGGAGUUCCUAUCCCAAAUGAGCAAAUCUUCAUCAAAGCACAAGAAAUUAACUACACAGAUGCUACUACCACUGAUCAGCAUGGCCUGGCAAAGUUCUCCAUAGACACCAGCAGCAUCUCAGACUAUUCCCUCAGUAUCAGAGUCUACCACAAGGAGGAAAAUUCAUGUUCCCAUUCCUUUUGCAUGGAAGAAAGACAUGCAGAGGCACACCACGUGGCCUAUGCUGUUCACUCCCUCAGCAAGAGCUACAUCUAUCUUGAGACAGAGUCCAGCAGCAUCUUGCCCUGCAACCAGAUUCACACAGUUCAGGCACAGUUUAUUCUGAAGGGGAAGGACUUGGGAGUGCUGAAAGUGCUCCUUUUCUACUACCUGGUCAUGGCCCAGGGCAGCAUCAUCCAGACUGGAAACCACACUCAUCAUGUGGAGCCAGGAGAAUCUGAAGUAAAAGGCAGCUUUGCCUUGGAGAUCCCUGUGGAGUUCAGCAUGGUCCCCAUGGCUAAAAUGCUCAUCUACACCAUCCUGCCUGAUGGAGAAGUGAUUGCAGAUUCUGCAACCUUUAAAGUUGAAAAGUGUCUUCGCAACAAAGUGUACCUGAGCUUCAGCUCAUCUCAGAGUCUUCCUGGCUCACAAACCCAUCUGAGGGUCACAGCUUCUCCUCAGUCCCUCUGUGGCCUGAGAGCUGUGGACCAAAGCGUGCUGCUCCUGAAACCCGAGGCUGAGCUCUCCCCUUCCUUGAUAUACGAUCUGCCUGGUAUGCAGCACAAGAAAUUCAUCCCAAGUUCCGACCCGUCUGAAGAAGAUGAUUGUGUGUGGUACGGAACCUGGGAAACUAAUGAGCAACCAAACUCAUUCCGACAAAGAGAAGAGAUGGAUGUCUACAGAUAUGUGGAGGACAUGGGUUUAACGGCACUCACAAACUUGAAGAUCAAAUAUCCUACAUUUUGUUAUGAGGUUUACAUGGUUCAAAUGUCAGUACCUGAGGAGGAUUAUGAUCAAACUCUCAGCUUGGCAGCAAAUAAAGAUCUACCACCUGAAAAGCCACCACGUAAAGAUCCAUCACCUAAAGAUCCAUUUACUGAGAGCAUUCGAAAAUAUUUUCCUGAAACAUGGGUCUGGGAUAUAGUCACAGUAAACUCCUCAGGCGUGGCUGAAGUGGAAAUGACAGUCCCUGACACCAUCACUGAAUGGAAGGCUGGAGCCUUCUGCCUGUCCAAUGAUACUGGCCUUGGCCUCUCAUCAGUGGCACCUCUCCAAGCCUUCCAGCCCUUCUUUGUGGAGCUGACAAUGCCCUACUCUGUGAUCCGUGGAGAAACCUUCAUGCUCAAAGCCACUGUGAUGAACUACCUCCCUGCAAGCAUGCGGAUGGGUGUGCAGCUGGAAGCCUCUCCUGAUUUCACAGCUGUCCCAGUAGGAAAAGACCAAGAUUCUUACUGCCUUAGUGCCAAUGGGAGGCACACCUCAUCCUGGCUGGUAACUCCCAAAACUUUAGGGAAUGUGAAUUUCUCGGUGUCUGUGGAAGCACAACAUUCCCCAGAACCCUGUGGUUCUGAGGCAGCCACAGUUCCUGAAACUGGGAGAAAGGACACAGUAGUCAAAGUCCUGAUAGUUGAGCCUGAAGGAAUCAAGAAAGAGCAUACCUUCAGCUCACUGUUGUGCCCAUCAGAUGCAGAGGUAUCGGAAAAAUUGUCCCUGGUGCUCCCACCAACAGUAGUGAAGGAUUCAGCCAGAGCCCAUUUCUCUGUGAUGGGUGAUAUCUUGAGUUCAGCUAUAAAAAACACGCAAAAUCUUCUCCAGAUGCCCUAUGGCUGUGGGGAGCAGAACAUGGUCCUUUUUGCUCCCAACAUCUACGUACUGAAAUAUCUGAAUGAAACCAACCAGCUGACUCCGAAGAUCAAGUCCAAGGCCCUUGACUUCCUCAGAGCUGGUUAUCAGAGGGAGCUGAACUACAAACACAAGGAUGGCUCCUACAGUGCCUUCGGGGAUCAAUUUGGCCAGAGUCAAGGAAACACUUGGCUCACAGCCUUUGUGCUCAAGUCUUUUGCACAAGCUCGAGCCUUCAUCUUCAUUGAUGAGUCACACAUCAACCAAGCCUUCACCUGGCUCUCCCAGCAGCAGAAGGACAAUGGCUGCUUCCGGAACUCUGGGUCACUCUUCAACAAUGAGUUGAAGGGGGGAGUAGAUGAUGAAAUGACCCUCUCUGCCUACAUAACCAUAGCCCUUCUGGAAAGUUCACUUCCAGACACGCAUCCUGUCAUCUCCAAAGCCCUGAGCUGCCUAGAUUCAUCCUGGAAGACCAUAGAGCAAGGAGGAGAUGGUAGCUUUGUGUACACCAAGGCACUGAUGGCCUAUGCUUUUGCCCUGGCGGGGAACAAGGAUAAGAGAAAUCAAAUCCUGAAGUCACUUGAUAAGGAAGCUAUAAAAGAAGACAACUCCAUCCAUUGGGAAAGACCUCAGAAACCCAGGAAGUUCGAGGACAGUUUGUACAAACCCCAGGCUUCUUCUGCUGAAGUAGAGAUGAGUUCCUAUGUUGUCCUGGCUUGCCUUACUGCCCAGCCAGCCCCAGCCCCUGAGGACCUGACUUUGUCAAUGAGCACCAUCAAGUGGCUCACAAAGCAGCAGAAUUCCCAUGGUGGCUUCUCUUCCACACAGGACACAGUGGUGGCCCUCGAUGCUCUGUCCAAAUAUGGAGCAGUUACUUUUUCCAGAAGCCAGAAAUCUUCUUUGGUGACCAUCCAGUCUUCAGGGUCAUUUUCCCAAAUGUUCAAAGUAGAGAACAGUAAUCGCCUGUUACUGCAGCAGGUCCCAUUACCAGACAUUCCUGGGGACUAUACCAUCAGUGUGUCGGGUAAAGGAUGUGUAUAUGCUCAGACUGCGCUGAGAUACAACAUGCAAUUGAAGAAGCAGAAGGCUGCAUUUGCUCUACGAGUACAGACAACACCUCUAACCUGUAAUAAUCCCAAAGGCCAGAACAGCUUCCAGAUCUCACUAGAAAUCAGUUACACGGGGAGCCGUCCAGCCUCCAACAUGGUGAUUGCUGAUGUGAAGAUGGUAUCUGGUUUCAUCCCAUUGAAACCAACAGUGAAAAAGCUUGAAAAAUUAGAGCACUUGAGCAGAACGGAAGUGAGCAACAACAAUGUCUUAUUAUAUCUGGAUCAGGUGACCAAUCAGACGCUGGCCUUCUCCUUCAUCAUUCAACAGGACAUCCCAGUAAGGAACCUGCAGCCUGCCAUUGUGAAAGUCUAUGACUACUAUGAGACGGAUGAAGUGGCUUUUGCUGAAUACAGCAGCCCCUGCAGCUCAGGCAAACAAAAUGUUUGAGACUCCUAUCUGCGGACAAGGCAUUGGUGCAACUCUAGACCCAGGAACCUUCAAGAUUGUGAUUUGUGUUUGUCUCUGAAAUAGAAAUACUGGAAAAGCUUGGUAAAUAAAUGCAUAGUUCUUGAGA